UUGCGUGCACUAAACGGAACAACCCUGGUUAGACAUCCAAUUUGUAGACAUCAAGACCCAUCCAGAGAUUCAUCUAACCUAAAAGCACAGAUUAACAAGCAAAUAUACAAACAGUACAAAUACAAACUACAAAUCAUAUUUUCUACAAUGGGACUGGGGAAGUCGAUAGUAUUAGGGCUACUAACUGUGCUCUACUAUGGCACAGCUGAAGCUGAAUUUUCCUCAGAAGACUGUUGGGCACUAGGUUUCCAUAAAGCAAAUUUGCUAUGUUCAUCCUGUGACCAACUACCCAAAUUCAAUUUGACGGAUUUAACGGUCCACUGUAAAGAGUGCUGCCACUUGGAUGAAUCAGGAUCAACAGAAAAGAUCUACCACAAAGCUGUACUAGAGGUUUGUACUUGCAAAUUUGGAGCUUAUCCACAAAUACAAGCUUUCAUCAAGAGUCACAGACCUGCACAAUUUCCAAAUUUGCAAAUCAAAUAUUUGAGAGGAUUGGACCCUAUUAUUAAGUUGUAUGAUAAGGAUGGACAUUUACAAGAGACUGUAGCCAUUGAAAAGUGGAACACUGAUUCAGUUGAAGAGUUCUUGAAUACUCAUUUGGUCAAAGUUGAUGAUGAUGAUUAUUUGAGAACAAAUAUGGUGUAGGUUAUUAUUAUAUUGAUUUAUCCAAUUCUCUUAGUUUGAAUGAAUCAUAAUGUGUUGAAAAUAAAAAAGGCAUGCAUUUCUAUGGUUGUUUGAAGAAAAUAAUAUUGAUAAAUAAACAUGUAAAUUCUUUAUUUCUCAUGCUUCUAUUCCUUUAUAUACAACUUGAUCUUCAGUAAUUUCUACAUUAGGUAUUUUCUUCAGUUUCUUAUUAAACUUCUUGGAUAUUUUGGGUGUCACUUCUGUUUUUCCAUAAUAAUUCAAGUAUGCCUUGAUAACUUUUUUCUCCAAUUUUUUUAAAGAAAUUGUCUUUUUGCAUUCUAAUACACCAAUAAUUUUAUCCUGGAAACUGAAUUUUUCUUCUCUUAAUAUACUAUCUUCAUCUGGUGAAACCAUAUUUUUUUUCUUUUUAGGGCUAUCUGUGUCACCUUCAUUGUCAACUUUUCUCUUUGUUGUAGCAUCAUGUACAUCACCAUGAUCAGGAAAUGUAUUAUCAUUUGAUUUAUUUGUGUUUUUCUGCCCAUUUUCCUUAGCCUGGUUAUCUUUAUAUUUUUCUAUUAUAUUCCACACUUCUUCAACCUCCUUCAUAUUCACACGCCCCCCUGAAGAACUCCUGAUGAA